AUGGCUCAAGAACUUCGUUUCGAUGGACGCACUGUUAUUGUUACUGGAGCUGGUGGUGGUCUUGGACGUGCAUAUGCUUUAGCGUUCGCGGCCCGUGGCGCUAAUGUUGUAGUUAACGACCUUGGCGCGUCUCGAGGCGGGGAUGGUUCAUCAUCUGCUUUUGCUGAUAAAGUAGUUGAUGAAAUUAUCAAAGCUGGUGGCAAAGCAGUUUCGAAUUAUAAUUCGGUUGAGGAUGGUGAUAAAAUAGUUGAAACUGCAAUGAAGGCAUUUGGACGCGUUGAUAUUUUAAUUAAUAAUGCUGGUAUUUUACGUGAUAAGUCAUUUGCAAGAAUGACUGAUUCAGAUUGGGAUCUUAUUCAAGCUGUGCACGUCCGUGGUUCGUAUAAAGUCACAAAGGCGGCUUGGGAUAUUUUCCGAAAACAAAAAUUUGGCAGAAUUAUUAACACAGCAUCAGCGGCUGGUAUUUAUGGAAACUUUGGACAAGCAAAUUAUAGUUCAGCUAAACUUGCUCUAGUAAGUUUUACCGAAACACUUUCAAAGGAAGGUGCAAAGGCCAACAUUCAUGCCAAUGUAAUUGCUCCAAUUGCAGCAUCUAGAAUGACAGAAUCUGUUAUGCCACCAGAUGUUCUUGCAGCGCUUAAGCCAGAUUAUGUAGCACCUCUUGUCAUGUACCUAUGUCAUGAAUCUACUGAAGAAAAUGGUAGUUUAUUUGAAGUUGGAGCCGGUUUCGUUGCCAAGCUAAGAUGGGAACGUUCUAAAGGUGCAGUUUUCAAGGCCGAUGAUACUUUCUUACCUGGUACUGUCGCCGUAAAAUGGAACGAAAUUACAGAUUUUACAAAUCCUACUUAUCCUACGUCAACGGGUGACGCCGAUUUUGUUGGAUUUCUUGAGAAGGCAAAAGCGUUGCCUUCUAAUCCAAAAUCCGAAGACCUUAAAUUCGAUGGAAAAGUUGCUAUUGUCACAGGAGCUGGUGGUGGAUUAGGUCGUGCAUACGCUUUACUAUUAGGAAAAUUAGGGGCAUCAGUUGUUGUAAAUGACCUAGGAGUAAGUGCUCAUGGUCAGGGAGCUACUUCAAGUGCAGCUGAUAAAGUUGUUGAAGAAAUUCGACAAGCUGGUGGUAAAGCUGUCGCCAAUUAUGAUUCCGUAGAAGAUGGUGAAAAAAUUGUUGAAACCGCUAUUAAAGCUUUUGGUCGUGUUGAUAUUAUUAUCAAUAAUGCAGGUAUCCUGAGAGAUAAAUCUUUUGCUAGAAUGACAGAUCAGGACUGGGAUUUGGUUCAAAGGGUCCAUUUGCGUGGAACUUACAAAGUUAUUAAAGCUGCAUGGCCUUAUCUUACAAAACAAAAAUAUGGUCGUAUAAUCAACACAGCCUCUUCUGUCGGUUUAUACGGCAACUUUGGUCAAGCAAAUUACAGCACGGCUAAGCUCGGUAUUUUGGGAUUCAGUAAUACACUUGCUUUAGAGGGACGCAAGAGUAAUAUUUUUGUCAACACAAUUGCACCAAAUGCCGGUACUCGAAUGACAGCUACGAUAUGGCCGCCGGAUAUGGUUGAGGCUUUCAAGCCUGAUUAUGUUGCACCAUUUGUAUCAUUCCUCGCUCAUGAAGCAUGUCCCUCGACUGGAAAUGUUUUUGAAGUGGGUGGUGGUUGGGUUGCUCAAGUUCGCUGGCAACGUGCUGGUGGAAUUGGUUUUCCUACAUCCAAAGCUCUAACUCCAGAAGAUAUAGCUUCAAAAAUUGAUAUAAUAACUAAUUUUGAUGAUGGACGUGCCACCCAUCCAACGACUACACAAGAAGCCCUUCAACAAUUCUUUGAAAACUUUGCCAAUGCGCAAAAAUCUGAAUCUGGACAAUCUAAAUCUAAAAGUAAUAAUAGUAAGAUUGAUGUGGAAGCUGCAAAGAAACGAAAAUUCGAACCUCAUGUCUUUGAAUAUAAAGAGAGAGAUGUAAUGCUUUAUGCGUUAGGAAUUGGCGCAACUCGCAAAGACUUGCAAUGGGUUUAUGAAAACAGUGACAAUUUCUCUGUUAUACCAACAUUUGGUGUCAUCCCAGCAAUUAUUCUUUCCAAUACUUUGCCAUUAAGUGAAGUUCUUGGCGAUUUCAAUGUGAUGAUGCUUUUACACGGUGAACAAUAUCUUGAGCUUAAGAAACCCAUCCCUACUUCUGGAAAAUUAAUUUCAACACCGUAUGUUAUUGAUAUUCUUGAUAAAGGGAAGGGAGUGUCGUUUAUUUUCGGUAUAACUACUACAGAUGAAAAAGGAGAAGUUAUAUUUGAAAAUCAGACAACUCUAUUUAUUCGUGGUAUUGGAGGUUUUGGUGGAAAAAAGACUGGUGAUGAUCGUGGUGCUGCUACAGCUUCAAACGUUCCACCAAAACGCGCUCCAGAUGUUGUAGUAAAGGAGAAAACAAAUGAAAAUCAAGCUGCUUUAUAUCGUUUAAGUGGAGAUUAUAAUCCAUUGCAUAUUGAUCCUAGUAUGUCCGCAAUGGGAGGUUUUGAUGUUCCUAUUCUUCAUGGAAUGUGUACCUUUGGUAUAUCCGGUAAACAUAUUUUUUCUACAUUUGGUAAAAAUGAUCCAAAUACUUUCAAGAGUAUCAAAGCUCGAUUAGCAGCUCCUGUAUUCCCCGGCGAAACACUUGAAACUCAAAUGUGGAAGGAUGGCGAUAAGGUUAUUUUCCAAACCCGUGUAGUUGAACGCGAUGUCAUCUGUAUUGCGUCUGCUGCUGUAGAACUAAGAGGUUCUUCAGCUUCUGGGGCUAGUAUGGGAGCUCCCUCAGUAACUCCAAGUGCUGGUAUUUCUGUACCUGGAUUCCAAUCAUCUUCCGUAUUUGAGCAGCUCAAAGCAGGUUUGGAUGCUGCUUCUCCAGCGGAACGGCAAGCACAAGUAAAGAAGGAACAAUCAUGGUACAUAGACUUUAAGACGGGAGAUGGUGCAGUUGGCAUUGGACCAUCACCAAAGAAAGCUGAUGCAACCAUUGGAGUUAGUGAUGCUGAUUUCAUGGAACUAGCUAGUGGGAAAUUGAAUGCACAAAAGGCGUUUAUGUCUGGAAAGCUUAAGAUCAAAGGUAAUAUGAUGCUUGCUACAAAACUUGGCGAUGUUUUGGCUGGGGGAAAAUCAAAAUCUAAAUU